UGGGAACACUUGUGGAGGCAGCAUGCGUAGUGACAGUUCCGUCAUCGAUCAGUACGUACGUUAGCAAGCCUGAGAAGCGAGGUCGAAAAGAAGAAGUACACGUUCACGUGGAAAGCAGUUCAGUUCAAACUUCUAGUUCAUCAGUGACACCUAGAGUUACUUCGAAGCCAGCCAUCAAGCAGUGUAUCACUUGUAACGGGGUCUGCAGUAGCGUAGCGUCGUGCAAGAAAUUCCAAGAACUGGAUAUCGGAGCUCGUUGGAAAGUGUUAAAAGAAAGCAAACUCUGCCGAAAGUGUCUGACGAAGCAUUUUGGAGCAUGCGUCGUGAAGCAAGCCUGCGGAAGAAACGGAUUUUCAUAUAUGCACCACGAAAUGCUGCACGAUGAUUCCAGAUAUCAGCAAAAGGAAAAUUCUCGCACGACGGGUCCACAAGCCAGAACGGAAUCGUCUCCCGAGACGUGCAAUACACACGUAAGCAACGUCAGCAAAGUGCUUUUCCGUUAUGUUCCGGUAAUCCUUCAUGGACGUGGGAGGUCGGUGCUCACCUUUGCCUUUUUGGAUGACGGUUCUUCUGCGACGCUGAUGGAACAUAGCCUGCUGAAGGAACUGAACUUGGAAGGCAAACCGUACCCCCUGUGCCUAGGAUGGACAGCAGAUCAACAACGACAAGAGCUAAACUCUAGGAUGCUGGCGCUCGAGAUCUCCGGAGUACACGAUACAAGUAAAUACUGGAUACCAAAGGUGCACACCGUGGAGAAUCUCGCUCUGCCACGACAAUCUAUUGCGAUGGAGGAAUUGAAAGGGAAGUACCACCACCUGAGGGAUUUACCAGCCGAUUCUUAUCGCGAUGUCCGACCGCGUAUGCUCAUUGGUAUGGACAACUGCCACUUGGGUCAUGCGUUGGACAGCAAGGAAGGUGGAAAUUUCGAGCCAAUUGCCACUGAAACACGUCUUGGCUGGAUUGUCUUUGGACCAUGCUCUGCUACGUCUCAGCUACCAAUGGAGUUCACAGCGCACCACAGUUUUCACUUGUGUCCGUGUUGCGAUCGGAAUGAUGCAGAGAUGCAUAACACAGUAAAAUCGUACUUUUCGCUGGACAGCCUCGGUAUCAUGAGCUCAGUCAAGCCACUUCUGUCGAGAGACGAUGAACGAGCCGAACAUUUGCUGAAAUCCCUGACACACGUGAAGGAAAAUCGUUAUGAAACAGGAUUGCUUUGGCGGUAUGAUGAUGUUCGAUUGCCGGACAGUAAGACAAUGGCCAUGCGGCGGCUGGUGUGUCUAGAGAAACGCAUGCAACGUGAUCCUGAGCUAGCCGAAAUACUGAAGCAGAAGAUUCAGGACUACGAACGCAGCGGUUACAUCGAAAAAUUAACAGAAAGUCGACUGGCGGAGAAGUUCGAACGUGUCUGGUAUCUUCCCAUCUUCCCAGUUGUGAACCCUAACAAACCCGGAAAACUACGCAUUGUAUGGGAUGCGGCUGCUAAAGUGUCGGGAGCCUCGCUAAAUUCCUUUCUGCUCUCUGGUCCAGAUCAGCUAACUUCUCUUCCGUCUGUCCUGCACCGUUUCCGAGAGUUUAAGAUCGCUAUUACUGGCGAUAUCUGAGAAAUGUUCCACCAGGUGUUAGUAAACAGGGUCGAUCAGCAGUGUCAGCGUUUUUUGUGGCGUGAUGGUGACCAACAGCGUAGUCCAGAUGUCUACGCGAUGAAAGUGAUGACAUUCGGGGCAACGUGUUCACCGAGCUGUGCGCAGUACGUAAAGAACCACAAUGCGGAACGAUUCCGAGAGCAGUUUCCGAGGGCGGCUGAAGCGAUAAUUGAAGAACAUUACGUCGACGAUAUGCUGACCAGCGAGGAGAUGGAACAAGAUGCAGUGCAGCUAGCAAAGGAUGUUCGAUUCGUUCAUGCAAAGGCUGGAUUCGAAAUUCGCAAUUGGCUGUCAAAUUCGAAACGAGUGCUGCAGGAAAUGAAAGCGAACCCUGGUGAAAAGUGCCUAAAUCUGUCAAGCGAGAUAGCAACGGAGAAAGUUCUUGGAAUGUGGUGGUGUACCGCUACCGAUACGUUCACCUACAAGGUUUCUCGGAGGAUUAGCGCAGAUCUCCUGCAAGCCCGCAUCGUACCCACAAAGAGACAGAUCUUGAGCACGCUAAUGAUGAUCUACGAUCCGCUGGGACUGUUAGCUAAUUUCCUAAUGUUCCUCAAAAUCCUACUCCAAGAAAUUUGGCGGAGCGGGGUGAAUUGGGAUGACCAGAUUAAGUCCGAACAAUUCGAGAAGUGGAAUACGUGGCUGAGAGUUCUGCCGCAGGUCGAGGAUGUCAGCGUGCCUAGGUGUUACCGAAAGAAUACCGGGGUCGGUGAACAGAAUAUGGUGCAACUACAUGUAUUCGUAGAUGCAUCCGAAAAUGGAUUCGCUGCGGUUGCAUAUCUAAGGUUUGAAGAAAACGGCGAAGUGGAAUGCGCACUAAUCAGCGCAAAGACGCGGGUAGCUCCAUUGCGGUUUGUGUCAAUCCCUAGGCUGGAACUUCAGGCAGCAGUUAUCGGAGCACGUUUGGCGAAUGACAUCAUGGAGACACACAAGCUAAAACCUGCGCAGAGGUUCUUCUGGUCGGAUUCGCGUGAUGUUCUUUGCUGGAUCAAUUCUGAUCAUCGGAAAUACAGUCAGUUUGUGGCGGUUCGAGUCAGUGAACUGCUGGAAUCAACAGAAACUAACGAAUGGAACUGGAUUCCUACAAAGAUGAACGUCACAGAUGAGGCCACGAAAUGGCAGAAGAUACCAGAUCUUUCUCCCACAAGCCGAUGGUUCAGGGGACCAGCAUUUCUAUGGAAUUCAAAAGAACAGUGGCCGGUGACACAGCAAUUCGGCCAAACCGCAGAAGAGAAGCGUUCACAGGUUCUACAUCACCUUGCAUUGCCUGCGCUGUUUCGUUGGGAUGAUUUUUCCAAAUGGAAGGUUCUGCUUCGUUGUACUGCAUACGUGAGACGGUUCCCAUCAAAUCUGCGUAAGAAACUGGCGAAU